CAUUAGAACCUUGAAAGCGCUAUCCACCGAGUUUUAAGAAAAACCACUUUCAUAACAAGAAAAUACUUUUUAAUCUACUGUGAUAUCCGACUAAUGUUUCGCUUUACGAUCCCUGCGCUGAAGAAACUCGAGCCACUCGGCCAGCGUGUGCUUGUGAAACGCAUCCAGGCCGCGACACAGACGCAGGCGGGCAUCCUCAUCCCUGAGAAGGUCGCGGGAAAGAUCAACGAGGGCACAGUGAUCGCCGUGGCUGCGGAGAAGGCGGACUGGAAGCCGACGGUGAAGGUGAGCGAUACCGUUCUCCUGCCCGACUAUGGUGGAGCAAGCGUGAAGGUGGAAGGAGAGGAGUUCUUCCUGUAUGACGAAAGUGUCCUUCUCGGUGUGCUGCGUGAUUAAAGUGGGGGCAAUUUAAAUAAUUUAUUCCGUCUAGUGCUGCCGUUUUUAUUUUCAAUGAUACUUAAACGAAAAUGUCAUGAUCUUUGAAAGGCUAUUAUUAUUAUUAUUAAAGCGUUUUUCUACGUCAGUCUUGUGUUCCGGUAGUUCACAUUUAUGCGUAGAAAAUCCAAGCCAAAUAUGGGCUAAUAAGAUUAUUCACCAUACUAUUAUUAUUAUUAUUGUUACUAAUUAUUUAUCAACAAAUCCAGAAUUAAAUAUAAUAUGACCCUUAUUCCGACCGAGCUGUGAGAUCUUUGAUAUAAAAUUAAAGGGAACGGAAAGAGUGGAGCGCGGAA